AGUCUCCUUUCAGACUAUUUAGGUCCUUUCACUGUCAGCAAGGAAUAGACCCCGUGUUAGCUGAAAAUACAAUUUCACGAAAUUGUGUGAACAUUUUAUUUUAACAUUUUUAGUUUGCUAUUGAGUAUACAUGUUUUAAAGGUAGCGCUUCCUGUUUUCUAGCGGAGAAAGGAAUUAAUUGAGUUUAAGAAAAAAAAAUAAAGUGAAGCUAACAUUAGCAAGCCAGACUGUCGACCAGAACAGCUAGCAAGCUAGUUACGAUUCAUAGCAGCAGGGCUAACGACCAAACGAGCUGGCUGGUGUUUAUAAUUUUGUUAGCAUAGGUUUUUCGAACAAUAUUUCAUCAUUGUGUAUUUUGGUGUCUUAUGUAAACAUUAGAAUACGUUUUACACGUUGUCGUUUAUGGGAUCAUCAUGUCAAUGAAGCAGGCCGGUGGAAAUCGUAAACCCGGCGGUAGCAGUAGCGGUGCUGCUGCGGCCUCUGGAGCUGGAGGGGGUGGAGGAGCUGGUGGACGACAAAGUCUUGGCAGAGGACGAAACAGUUCCAAGGGCGCACCCACUGCUACUCCUUUCAAUGGCGUUUAUGCUAACACGAGAAUGGUUCAUAUCCUGACGUCAGUUGUGGGAACCAAGUGUGAGCUGAAGGUCAGAAACGGUAUUAUUUAUGACGGAAUCUUCAAAACAUAUGGUCCAGAGUGCGACCUGGUCCUGGACGCCGCCCACCGUAGGAGCCCCGAGCCCAGUGUCGGCCCCCGCAGGGAGGACAUCGUCGAGAGCAUCAUCUUCAAGUCCUCCGACGUGGUGGUGGUCCACUUCAAGGACGUCGACCUCAACUUUGCGAAGAAAGUACCUUCAGAAACAGAUAACUUUACAGACUCGGCUGUGAGCGCACGGGUGAAUGGCGAGCACAAAGAGAAAGAUCUGGAGCCGUGGGAUGGAGGAGAGCAGCAUGCCUCAGACAGCCUGGAGUCUCUAGACACGGAUCUGUCUAAUGGCUGGGAUCCUGAUGACAUGUUCAAGUAUAACGAGGAAAACUACGGCGUCAAGUCCACUUAUGACAGCAGCCUCUCUUCAUACACAGUUCCUCUGGAUCGGGACAACUCCGAGGAGUUCCUGAAGCGCGAGGCGCGGGCAGCCGCACUGGCGGACGAGAUCGAGUCCAGUGCCGCCUACAAGGCCCGCGUGGCGCUAGAAAACGACGAGCGCACCGAGGAGGAGAAGUUCACCGCCGUGGUGCGGGGAGAGAGGGAGGGGCACACACUCAACAGAGAGAACAAGUACAUUCCCCCCGGGCAGAGGAACCUGUCAUGGGGCUCCGGGCGCCAGAACUCCCCCCGGCUGGCCCAGUGCAGCCCCAGCCCCCACACCCCUCGCUCCGCCCCCCACGACUACAACUCCCCACCCAACAUGGACCAGCGCGUCGUCAACGGAGGUGGCCAUCCCUGGCCGUCCCGCUGCCAGUCUCCCUCCUCCCGCCCGCCCUCUCGCUACCAGUCGGGCGCCGGCGCCUCCGUGGCGGCCGCUGCCGCCGCCUCCUCCUCCUCCUCCUCCUCCUCCUCUUCAUCCUCCCUGCCCCCCAGGGCGGCCACCCCCACCAGGCCUAACUCCAGACCCCUCUCCAGGCCCUCGCGGCCCCAGUCUCACCCCUCGCCCGCCCCCAUCUCCACUCUGCCCAAACGCAUGGCCUCCGAAGGUCCUCCCAGGAUGUCGCCUAAAUCCCAGCGCACUCCCCGGACGCGCGUUUCCAUUUGCCGUGGCGGAGGUCCUCCGGGAGGGGACUUCCUUUCCCACAGUGCACCUGGGGAGGUGUCCGCUCCUCCAGCUGCCCGUAGUAGCCCCUCUGGUGGCACCUGGUCUUCCGUGGUCAGUGGAGCGCACAGACCCCGAUCUCCACGGCAGAACAGCCUGGGUGGGGCGUCUCCCAGCUCCUCUGCAGUGUCCUCUCCACAGACUGGCACUGCCCCUGUCGACUCUGUAGCCACCCCCAUGGCGGCUGGAUCGCCCAUCGCCGCUAGCCCCGCCUCCAACCUGGCCGCCACGCCUUCAGCGGAGGCCAAAGAGCCGCGGGUGCAAGAGGCCAGGCAGAACUCUCCUACCGCCAACAAGGAGAACGUUAAACCUGUGGAGUCUUCUCCCAGCAUGACCAGAACGGUCAGCAAAGGGUCCAUGGGUCCCGACCACAGAAAGCAAAUAGACAAUCUAAAGAAAUUUAGUGUAGAUUUCAGGUUGCAGUCGAGUUCAAACCCAGAUCCAGUCUUCGAGUCCAAGGCCGGCCCCGGGGACAAGCCCAAGGAGCUUCCGCUGGACAAGGGCCCAGCCGACUCCUCCUCCGCCGGCUCCAAAGCAGACGAGACCUCCACGACCCCCGUCGCUGCCACCACCGCCACGAGCCCCAACAUGAGCGCGACAGGAGGCAAGACGGGCGGCGCACCCUCCCCAUCUCCCUCCGCGGCCGCCGCCGGUCCGGAACAGAAGAGGAGCCCAGACGUGACGUCACAGGGGGUGCAGACGUCAACCCCGGUGUCCGGCGGGGGUGCAGCCAAACCGGACACCAAGGAUGACAAGGAGGAGAAGAAAGACCCAAUGGCCGAAAAUGUAAGAAAGUCCACCCUGAACCCCAACGCCAAGGAGUUCAAUCCGCGAGCAUUCUGCACACCACCUAAGCCGGCCACUCCAACCCUGCCUCGGCCCCAGGGCCAGCCCAGCCCCUCCAUCGUGGUGCAGCAGCCGCCAGCGGCGAUGUACGGUCAGCCCGUGUGCUUCCCCCAGAUGUACCCGCUCACGCCAGUCAGCCCUGGAGUCCAGAAAAGCAUUAUCUGGAAGCCUCCAGCCAUGUACCAUGUGCAGAUGCCUCAUAUGACGGUGAGCCAGUCCAAGCCCUACAGACCAGGUAAAGUGCCCAACAUGCCUCAGCAGAGGCCUGAACAGCACCACCCUCAGGGCACGUCGGCCAUGAUGCACCCCGCCACGGCUGCUGGGCCUCCUAUCGUAGCACCCAGCCCAGCGUACUCGACCCAGUACUUCACCUGUAGCCCCCAGCAGUUCACCAGCCAGCAACUGGUGCAGCAGAUGCCACACUACCAGUCACAGGCUCAGCAUGUGUUCAGUCCGGUGAUGCAGGGCAGCGCCAGGAUGAUCACACCCAACGCACAUGGCCAGCCUACUCUGGUGUCCUCCUCGGCCACACAAUACGGCGAGCAGACGCACACUAUGUAUGUGUCAGCCGCCCCGAUUCACCAGCAGUACCCACACCCAAGCGCCACGUUGCACCCUCACCCGCAGCACCCCCAGCCCUCUGCCACGCCCACGGGACAGGCCCAGCAGGGCGGGCAGCACGGGGGCAACCACCCGGCGCCCAGCCCUGUGCAGCACCCUCCGCACCAGGCCCAGCAGGCCACCCUGCACCUGGGCAACUCGCCCCAGCAGCAGAUGUACUCGGCCCUGGCGCCCACCCCGCCCUCCAUGACCCCGGGGCCCAACCCGCAGUCCCCCCAGGCCAGCUUCCCCUCGGCCCAGCAGGCCGUCUACCUCCACCCUCAGCAGGUGCAGCACGGCUACAACCCCUCGCACAUGGCUCAUGUGCAGCAGGCUCACAUGCAGUCUGGUAUGGUGCCCUCGCACCACGCGACGCCAUCACAUCCCCACAUGAUGCUGAUGGCCACGCAGCCCCCCGGCGGGCCCCAGCCCCAGCUUCCCCAGAGCGCCCUCAACCCCAUCCCAGUGUCCUCCACAACACACUUCUCUUACAUGGCACACGCCCCAGUGCAACCCCACCAUCAGCAGCAGCUAUAGUGGAGGAUGCCUGGCGUGUUACACCCGUUUAUCCCAGAAACCAACCCAUUCACCCCAGACACCCUCCCCCCAGCCCCCGCCCCUGAUCCUUACUUGCCCUGAACCAAGGGGCAGUCACUAAACCCACAUCAUUUUGCCCUAUCCCCCUCUCUUCCCAGUAAUCAAAGAAUACUAACAGGUAAAAGACGUGUUGAACAGAGUUUUUAACAAAAAAGUUUUAACGAGAAUGGACCCUUCCUAGACGAUUUAAAAAAAAAAAGAAAUGGUGCAAUGCAUCUUGCAGUUGGCAGGGGGCGCUAACUGCAAAACC